AUGGAGUCGGACUCGGAUAGUUCACUGUCGUCGGCGCCUGAAGAGGAAGUCCAAAAGCUUGCGCCCAUCUUCGUCAAGGCGAAGAAGGCGACCAAGCUCGUCGCUCCACCGCCUGUGGUCUCGCCCCCUCGGCCCAAGAGAGCACCAUCACCACCUCAUGAAGAGGUCCUGGCAGACAACCCCGACAUUGCAUUCAUCGUAAUGUUCCGAUCGCGAUUCCAAGAGGCGUUCCCUGGCAAGACACCCCAUUUCGGACCGCAAGAUAUAGAAAGAGGAGUCGUGGACAGUAUACCCAGCCCGGAGAUUCAGUCUCUGCUUUGCGCGCUGCUGGCGUUGGUGUUGAAUCGCAAGAAGCCUGUUGAGCGUGGUCAUCACGGGCGAGCACUCGAAGAAGCCGUGGCUUCACACAAGAACCAAUGGCCGCGCAAAUGGGGCCACCAGAACCCACUCCACGGAGGCAAAGACUUCACCAACAUGACACCUGCUGAGAGGCUCAACCUCCUCCAUACGCUCGUCCUCUGGUCCCUUUCCUCAUCCGACGUUGUCUCUGGCAUGAUCAAAGACAAAUACAAGCAACAACGUCACAACGACGAUGAGAAUCAACCACUGUCUGUGCAACCAUGGGGAGUAGAUGGAGACAAGAGGAGGUACUUCCUGGUCCAAGGUCUCGACGAUACCAGCUUCAGAGUAUACAGAGAGGGCAGCCGGUAUACGAGGAACGCACACUGGUGGAGCGUCGCGGGCUCCAUCGACGAGGUCAAGGCUCUUGCAGAAAAGCUGGAGAACGAAGACCGGUCACAGGCAGCUCGUAGGCUCGCCAGCAGAAUGCUCAAUGCUGUGCCCAUGUUUGAGGCCACCGAGGAGAAACGCCGCCGCCGCGAGUACCGCCAGCAACGUCGUGCCGCCUUCACACGACCAGAGCCUGGCUUUGGCAUCUACGAAGGCCGAACUCGUGGUAAGCGCACGCGGUAUAACUACGAGGAGGAUGAGGACGGCGAGGACUUCAUGUCAGAUGCCACUUCGGCCCGACGUUCGACACGCCACCAGUCUGCUCGCAGCACGCCAUUCGAGUCUGGUCCGACCUUUACCGCCAGUGGUCGCCAGACCAAGCGGCCCCGCGUCGGUGAUUACGGCGAGAGCCUGCUGAGCAACAAUGUCAUGAGUACCGACGAGUUGGCGCCAGACUACGACGAGUCAGGUGUCGAGCGUGCUGGAAGCAACGAGUCGGAUCCUGUGCGUGGUGGAGGCAGAGCCACACGGUCAGGUGGUGCCGGUCAGGGUCCCAGUAAUCCUCGACAGCGAAAGCACAUUGAGGGCUACAACUCCAUCGAUGAGAUAAGUGAUGAAGACGAUGCUGGAGACGAAUGGGACUCAGACAAGAAUGGUUCUGGCGAUGACGAGAUGCCUGAUGCCGACGACGAGGAGUCACCGAUCAGCGACAAUGACGAGGAUGACCAGCUCGAGCGUGGCCCGCCCAGGAGUAUUCUCGUCAAGUUGAAGUUGGGCAAGGAGCCACGGCUACCAACAGCAAAGGUGGACGUCAAAGACGAAUCUGCGACCCACCCCUUGGUGCGCGUUCCUCCUCCAGCAGAUGCUGUCGAGGAAGCUCGGCCUGGAACCGCGAAGACUGAGGCCAAGGAAGUCGUUGCACCGAAUGGCCACGUCGAUGCUCCUCUGCCAUCAACUGCAGCCCAUUCCGAGCCACAAGUCGUUCUACCGUCUGCUCCUGCAGGUUCCGAAGCGAGCGCGCAGUUGGAGUCCUGCCAUUUCUAA